AUGGGUAUCUUGUUGAUGAUUGCUGUGUUUGGGGCAGAGGUUUGUGUCAUAGACAAGACUCACAAAUGUGAAACCCUUUCAUUUGUGAAGGAACCUCCCAAUGAUGUUUUCACUUGGAAGCUUAAAGAGUUCUCUACAAAGAACUGCUGUUAUGAGUCUCAAGUUUUUACGAUUGGAGAGAGGAAGUGGACAUUAAAGUUUUAUCCAGAAGAGAAUUCAUUAGCAUAUGGUUUAUCGUUAUCACUUUUCUUAUGUCAAGUUGAUGGGUCAGGUGAGGCUUGGUUCCGUUCCUCUCCUGGUGAUAAAUGGGGAUACGAAAAUUUUAUGCCACUGAAGUAUUUGAAUGAGUUUGUUGUUAAUGAUACUGUAACAAUUGAAGUUCAAUUCCUUAAUCUCUUUGUGAUGAAGAUUCUUCCCGAAUGGAAAUAA